AUGGGCAGAUCAUCGUCAUUAUUUUCUUCAUCCAAUAAUGAUGAUUUUUCACUCUUUUCGUCUUUGUCCGAUAGCGACGAUGAUGUAACUUUGGUCUCUAGUGAUAGAGAGGACACCAGUUCGGCGAAUCGGCGGAGGAGGAGCCAUAGGCAUGAGCAUAAGCAUGGUCAUAGUCAUAGGAAAGGGCACGAGCAUGGAAGACACGCCACGAGUACGUCGACUAAACGUCCCGCGGAAGGGGUCGCAACGAAAGACGAUAAUAUUUGGCCUCGUGAAAAACGCUACCUGAAUGUACGCUUUCUGGAUGGUAGCCACGAAGAAAAACAACUAGUCGAGAGUCUUGUCGUGAAGUAUUACAACGCCAUUCCGAUGCGCAUCCGAUUUAGCUUUCUCAAGUCCUACGACCCCAGUUCUUCUGACAUCCGUAUCACUUUCAAAUGCCGGGGUCGCCCGUCGAGCUUUAUCGGCCGCGCGAACGAGACCAUUGCCAUUGAUCAGCCUACCAUGAAAUUGAAUAUGGGACGAGGCCGUGAUCAGGUACAAUCCGACAUCCUACACGAAUUCGGCCACGCGCUGGGCCUUGAACACGAGCAGAAGAAUCCUAACUGUAAACUCGAAUUCAAUCGUGACGCGCUGAAGAGAGAUGGGUACAAUGACGACGAUAUCGAUCGUAACUAUGGAAAGAGCCGCGUUAUUGGGAAUAGGACAACACCUUAUGACCCACAUUCCAUCAUGCACUACCCCGUCCGGAAAGGACAUACGGUGAACGGUAACACGGAGAUCGGGCUAAACACCGUCUUGUCGCAAGGCGACAGGCAGUUUCUCAUGGAAUUAUAUCCUGUCGAUCCCGAACCAAAGCAUAAGCAUAAGCACAAGUCCAAACCCAAGUUGUUAGAGCCCGCACUUGUCACCGAACCUACUACAACAACCGUCGCCAAAAGAACCCGACACAGGACCAAGGAGCAUCACCGACCAGACCGACUUCAGUCAGUGAGUGAAGUUGUGGGUAGCGUCUACGUCGGGAUCAGCAUGACCAAUGUCAACAGCGUAACGAUAUCGGGGUCCAGGAAUGUGAAUCGCAAUGGAAACGGAAUUGUAUGCAAGAGUUGCAGCAGCACUUCCGUGUGCGUAAAGUGCAAUGGCAUGGUUACGGUCUCUAGUAGUACGUCGUUCAGUGCAGUAUACUUUUGA